CCUCUGUGCUUGGGAAUCACUUCCAGUCCAUUCACAGACUUCUUUUUUUUUUUCCCUCAAAAAAAAGGAAAAAAAAAAAAAAAAAACACCAGCUCACCUCUGAAUCCCUUUACAACAUGCCACCAAAGAAGAUUGAACCAAAGAAACCCGAGCCCAAAAAGCCAGAGCCUAAGAAAGAUGCUGCCCCGGCUGCUAAACCGGCCCCCACCCCAGAGCCGCAGCCCGAGCCGCCCAAAGAACCCGAGUUCGACCCCAAAAGCAUCACUCUCGAGUACACCGCCGACCAGAUCGAGGAGUUCAAGGAGGCUUUCACCUUGUUUGACCGCACGCCCACCGGCGAAAUGAAGAUCACCUACGCCCAGUGCGGGGACGUGAUGAGGGCUCUGGGCCAGAACCCGACCAACGCGGACGUGCUCAAAGUCCUGGGGAAGCCGCGGCCGGAGGACAUGAGCACGAAAAUGGUGGACUUCGAGACCUUCUUGCCGAUGCUGCAGCACAUCUCCCGCGCCAAGGAUCAGGGCAACUUUGAGGAUUUCGUGGAGGGGCUCCGGGUUUUCGACAAGGAGGGCAACGGCACCAUCAUGGGAGCCGAGCUGCGCCACGUGCUGGCGACGCUGGGCGAGAGGAUGACGGAGGACGAGGUGGACAGACUGAUGGCCGGGCAGGAGGACGCCAAUGGAUGUAUCAAUUACGCCUCCUUCGUAAAACACAUCCUCUCUGGGUAAAAACCGGACGUUCAGCCGCCAGAGACUUCAUUUUAAAACAGUUUCCUCCACUCUCUGGACUCUUUGCUUUACAUUUUCACACUCGUAGGUGAGGUUGUCACUUUAAUCGGUGACAUUAUUUUCAUGCUGUCAAACGCAGAAUUAAAAAAAAAAACAUAAUGUUGAUUGCAGAAAGAACUUCUGAUUGCUUCUUUUUAAUAAAACACUCUGAAAUAUAAUGAAAUGCCACCGAGAUAAUACGGACAUCAAUCAAUGAAAAUCAAUUAAUAAAGGAAGUAUGAUUACAAACCUCA